UCAUCCCUUGGUUCCACAAGUUCAUACUAGUGUGGUCGAGAUAGAGAGAGAAAGAUGGCUAAUGGGAAGGUUGUGUGCAUGUGGUUGUUGUCUGUGGCUUUAGUUUUGGGCAUAGCAGGGGCUGUGGGGGGAGGGGUGUCGUGCGAGAGUGCGGUGCAGGCGAUGAUACCGUGCGGGUCUUACCUGCUCGGAGCGGGAGGCAACAUCCCGAGCAAAGAUUGCUGUACCAGUCUGCAUUCGCUGGAGGGCAUGACGAAGACACCCGCGGCGCGAAAGCAAGUGUGCCAAUGCUUCAAGGAUUCAGGCCCUUCCUUUGGGGUGAAGCCUGCGAGGGCUAAGAUACUUCCAGGCCUCUGCAAAAUCACAAUCGGGAUUCCAAUAAACCCUUCGGUGGAUUGCAAUAAGGUCUCUUAAAGUAUACCAACAUGGAUAAGUUUGUAGAUGUGGCUUGAAGUAGACCAAGGGGUGAUAAAUAAUGAGUAGAUUACAGGCCUGGGUAAAGUACUCAUUCCAUGUACGUCCUAUGAAGUAGUGUUUAGAAGUAGGGUUUAUUAAUGCUUCAACAAACUUUUAAUAAGAAGUGCUUGCUUUUCUACUAGGCAGUUAGCUUUGUUGAAAAAAAAACAGAAGGAAAAAGUUUAUCAAUGAUGAAUACAAUUGCACUUCUUUCUCUUUAGGUGUUGCCCUUCUGACCGUGGAGUUUCGAGAACAUACUAAAGCAUAAUAGUGUCCUUUCCCACUAUAAAUGUAGAGAUGUGGUUUAUGUUGUU